AUACAUUUCCUUUGAAAGGAAGAAGGUUAAAAGAGAAAAAAAUAAAAGAACGCCAUGCAGAGGCCCCCAAAAAUUUUGUACAAAUUUGCAUAAAAAUAAAGUAAAAAUAAUAAAUAUCCGUUUUCUGCCACAUAGCUGCUUUUGUCUAGCAAGCUCUGGAGGCGCGGGUCUUGGCAUCGGAGUGUUACCAAUUAUGAGGAUUGGCUUAUGAUCUUCCUGCUAACAAAGUUUGAGUCCCUUCAUUUCACAAAAGAAAAGGAAGAACCACAAAGCGAAAACAGAAUUAAGAAUUUGGAGGGCAGCCUUUCGUUGAUUUUUCUCUGCAUAAACUUUGAAUUUGAAUUGCCAUCACUUCAACAGUUUCUUCCUUAGUAGAGCAACUGCCUUUGAGGUAAGAGACCUGACCAUUCUUGCACUUCUAACAGUUUACUUUUUAUACAAGUUACGGUUCUUUUUACAUUGAGUUCUCACUUAUAUGCAAUUUGAUACCUUUGUUCCUACUUUAUCGAGCUUGACAAAUUCAUCCCCAACACUUCAGCCAUGAUUAGCAGCCUCGCAUUGCCAUAUGCAUGAUAAGAUGUGUUUAAUCAUUUGAACAAUGCUUGUGUAGUGGUAGGCUUAACUAUAAAAGCUAAUUCAGAAUUUUUAACUGAAGGCUAGUGGUGGAUUUGUCAAUAGCAAUGAGGUAGCUUUUCAACAAGAUCCUAUUGAUCAUGUAAGCAUGAUAAUGGGUUUUCUAAGAAGAUAUCCCAAACUGCGUUUAAAAAUUAAAGGAGGAUCUCUCGGACAAAACAUGGAGAUAUCAUUUGGGAGGAAGCCCUAAAGAGAAAUUGUUUUGGCUUCUAAUGCCUUGAGUAGGGCCAUGGGAUAAGGUGGGACAUAAGUAGGACUACUUAAAAUAUCAUAUCAAAUUGUAGAACGUUCUCUCGGCAACUUAGCAUAUCGAUUCCAUCAAAACUAGGCUUUUUACCAUAUUAACCAGGUCGAUUCCUUUUUUUUUUUACUACAAAGAAUCCAAUGCGAAACCUUUUCUCUUUGUACUUAUUUGAUUCAGAUUUAUCCCUCGAAUUGAAGCUAGGAAUACCCCUUAAUUUGGCAAUAGGUUUUUUGUGAUUCAUAUUAUCAAAAGUUUAAUAAAAUUGUGCAGUUUUUUUUUUUUUUUGCUAUAGAUCAAAGUUUUACUUCAAGAAAAUUCAUUUUUGUUUUACUUGAAGAAAAUUUACAAUUCAUGAAUCGAACCUGAGUCGCAUCAAGGUCCCGCCUCGUCCUCCAAGUCUGAGACAACAGGAUGUUGACCUGGUCAAGCAUCCGACUCCCUCUCUCGUGAGCCGUCAACCUCACCAACAGGAACGCUACAUAUGGAGAACGGACGACGAAAAAAAACGAGGGAAAGAAUGAGACCAAAGGCGGUUGGGCAUUCUCCUCCUCCAUGGACGCGUUGAGAAGAAGUGAAGUGGGGAGGCGUCCUUUCUCUCAGAGGCUGCUGCAGGCUGAGUCCCUCUCUCUCUUCGCAGAGGCCGUCCAUCUGGUGUUCUCCCGAUGGACCGCCCUGCGCUUCGCUGUCCACAACGAUGGGGUGGUGGCAACUCCCGCCAGAAAUCUGACCAAUUGGUCCAAUACCUCGUCUCCUGGUUUGUUUCCUCAAAUGCUCCCAUUCAUAUGCACGAGUUGGAAAUGGUUCUUGAUGAGAAGACAGUGCUUUGUUUCAAUACAGAAAUUGAAGAUGGUAGUGUUGAGGAGGUGGUGGAACAAUUAAUGAUUGUACGUGAAGAUUGUCUUGAAGGGAAUUAUGACUCGGUGUCUAAGCUGACGGACCUUUGCAUGGAAUGGCAGCAAAUUUUUCAAAGCAAAGAGUUGUUUGACAGGAAUGCUGAUGGAAGUUCUGACGAGGAAUAUGAGCCGGCAGUAGAUGAGGAAUUGGAUCCGCUGCAAGAUGGGCCAGGAGAUGUUGAUAAAUGGCCUGUUAUUUCCGCAAGGUUAGGGCAUUUGCCUGAUUGCGGUCUUCAAAGCACGCACCAUGCUUUGAUGGAGGAUAGUUGUCUUCUCCAUCAAGUCAACAUGAGUAUAUUUCUGCCCAAUGAACGUUAAUGGAGAAAUAUAUGAAUAUGAUAAAAGCGAAAGUGAAUUUGGCCGAAUUCAUGGCCUCAA